AUGGCAAAUUCAUGGGACCUAGAUGAGAUUUUUGCGAAUAUGUCCUUGCCGCUCAAAGAGAAGACAUGGUGUCUGAUUCUGAAGGCCCUUCUUCUGAUAUCGAAGACUGAGGAUACGUUCCGGCAUAAUAUGGAGGAGCCGGAGCAUGAAAUGGCCGAGCUGGCAUUCGAGCUCUUUGAUCAAUUCGGCUGUUUUCAAUCCCAGUCCAAGAAACACCCGGUGAAACGGGGAUGGGGGGUCUGGAGUGACGAGCCGAACAAUAGAAAUACUAUUUUGAUUGAGGAGUUGACAAUUUCACCAACCCAUCAACAGCAAGGGAUAGGUCCCAGGCUGGCUUGUGCAGUCCAGGAGCUAGCUUCAGAGAAAAGCGGAAAAUUUGUUGGGAUAAUUCUUCUCGCUGGCUCGGGUAUUCGCCCGAUGAACAGCACCCAAGUCGCUCUCUAUCACCUGGACAGGAUUUUGACUUGCCUCGCUUCCAGAGGAUGCCUCCUAUACAGGAGAUUGACCUUUUUAAUCAAGGCACUCCCAACCAUCGAUGAUCCAGAGUGCCUGACUCGGCUUGGAAAUAUCUUUGGCGAUGCUUUUCUAGACGAUACCAGAUGGGAAGCCACAGAUGAGGACGGCAAUACACUACUUCAUCUCAGGGAUUCCGGCCUCCUCUCUCAACGGAACGCCCAUGGGAAUACCCCAGUGGAGGUCAUGGAGGCAUCAAUGGAGCGAAAACGGAUAAUCUACGAGCACGGAUUUAAAAGAACAGACAUCUCCGACCAGUUUACCGGAUACGACGACGUGACGAUCUCAUGCCUAACCAUGCUUAGAGGACUCGUGCUGAAGCAGAUAUUAGAAGCUUAGCUCUCGCGUCUGAAAUUUGGCUGUACAUGUGGUAGCUGCCUUGGGGGGUUCCUUAACACCAACUUGCAAGAUAUGUUGCCUUUUCAUGCCGAGACAACGUUAGACUUCACUUACACGAUUGGAGAUGAAAGGGACAGAAAGUCUUGGUGUUCGGAAUUUGAAGAUGACCUUGAUUACCUUUCCGAGCCGAUUGCGCAGAGUUUAGCCACAAACAAGGACUCGAGAACUGGUUUUCGCAUGUUGUGGAAGUAUCUUGCUAACUGUAUUAGGGCAAAUACGUUGCCUACAGGAGAGAAUCUUCUGCUCCUUGUUCAAAAUGUGAAUGAAUGGCCACCACACUGUCGGAAUUUUAUUCAAAGGGGGAAGCUAUCUCAUCGGUAGCUAAUAUGUUAUUCAAGAAAACGAUGGUGUUAAGGGGGCUUUUAUUACAUAUUAGCACCCAAGAGCCGAGAAGGAAAAUAUACACAGUGUCGCAGAACUUGCCAUGGAAGUAACAUUAUCUUGGUACCACGAAUCCAAUUGUUGUUCGGUUUAGGUUCAUCUAACUCGUUAGCACAUUGGAUUGAGCAUCUCUCAGAGGCCUCACGCGCAUCACCUGCCACACCCGCGCUGAAAAGCGGCAUGCCUCCAGCACUCCUGCGGGACUAGGACUAGUGCUAAAGAAGUACUUUGGGAACAUCCAGAUUUCCUUUUGAAUUUGGGAGGUGGCCAGCAGGCACAGAGUGCUUUAUACCAAGAAAGCCCGAUACACCUGCGGAAGGUCUAUACCAUAUCAACUACACCGGCCUGAAGCUUCCUCUGAAAGAAACAGUGGCAGCAUGGUGUCUUUAGCUUUCUGAGGCAUAGACUGACAACAAAUGUCAUUGUUCAAGAUGGG